AUGUCCAACGAUCAAUAUGGCCAAAGGAUUCUGCCUAAGCUCGUCGACGAGUUGGCAGCUGCCACACCCAAUCGCGUUCUCGGCAUGAUAGCUAGGUCCUCGGAUGUCUCCAAAGGAUUCAUAGAACUUUCCACAACACAGCUUGCCAACGCCGUGAACUAUACCUCGUGGUGGAUCGAAGAUCAUAUAGGGAAAAGCAGUAACUUUGAAACCAUUGCAUAUCUAGGUGCCACAGACUUCCGAUUCUGGGCUAUAGAAUUGGCAGCCAUCAAAACUGGUUACGCAGCGCUUCUUCCAUCUCCAAGAAACUCCGUCGAAAAUGCCGUUGCUGUCCUCGAGAGCACCAAAUGCAAUGUCAUCUUCUAUUCCGCAGAAAUGGCUUCGAAAGUCAAGACUUUAAAGGAAGCGAGACCCAACAUCCGAACAAUUGAGAUUCCUGCGAUGGAAGUAUUAACAAGUACUCCUGCUAAGGCAUAUCCAUAUACCAAGACCUGGGAGGAAGCUAAGAAUGACCGUGUCUUGAUAAUGCACACGUCCGGCUCAACAGGAACACCGAAGCCCAUUUACAUGAAUAAUGACUACAUAGCGAUACUAGAUGCAGCUCAUAUAAUUCCCGCCGUCCCGGGACAUCCCCUAGCCGGUCCAUCAUCUUGGGGUGCGCCAGGGUUCAGAUACUAUAUGGGGUUUCCAUUAUUUCAUCUCGCGGGCUUCGCCUGCACGCUGGCAGCAUUAUUCUUUGAAGGCAUCAUUGUUUUGGGGCCUCCCAGCUCACCACCCAACGGGAGACUUGUUAGUGAUAUGCUAAGUCAAGUCGACUUGGACGUUUUAUGUGCACCACCUUCCCUGCUAGAAGAUUUAGUAAAAGAGUACCCCGACGAGUUUCUGGCACAAGCAAAGAAAAUUGAUCUGUUUAUGUACGCUGGAGGUCCAUUAUCUCCUGAAGUUGGCAAUUUUCUGACGAAACACGUUCGAUUGGGUCAGCUCAUUGGCUCCACAGAAGCGAGCCUAUUCUUGAACGUUCAGACGGAUCGCGAGGACUGGCAGUGGUUCCAGUGGCACCCGACCCAUUCGGGAAUAGAAUUGGAGAAGGUGGAGAACUCGGAGCUCUAUGAGAUGGUCAUUCGUAGACAGCCGGGGAUGGAGAGGUUUCAAGGUAUCUUUAAAACCAUGCCAGAGGUUCAAGAAUGGAGGACGAAGGAUGUCUACGAAAAGCAUCCUACAAAGGAUCUUUGGCUUUAUAGGGGCCGCAACGAUGAUGUUAUCGUCCUUUCCAACGGCGAGAAGUUCAAUCCAGUUACAAUGGAGGGCAUCAUCAACGGGCAUCCGAAGGUCACGGGUGCUCUCGUUGUAGGAGCACGUAGGCCACGAUGUGCUCUGCUUGUCGAGGGGCAUGGCGUGGAGAACGCCCAGGAAUUUCUCGACUCGGUCUGGCCAACAGUUGAGGAGGCAAACAAAGUCUCACCUGGGCAUGCGCAGAUAGGCCGAAACAUGAUUAUGGUUAUCAAAGAGGAUAAGCCAUUUCCUAGAGCUGCCAAAGGAACGAUUGUUCGCCAUGCAGCAAACAAAGAAAAUGCCGAGGAAAUCAACGCUCUCUAUGGCGCUUCUGAUGAAGUCACAGAUCCUGCUGUCAAAUUGCCACAACUGGAGGCUGAGGCGGAUAUGACUAGCAUUCGAAAUUUUGUACGCGAAUUGGUCUCCAUGAUUUUGGACGUGCCGUCACUCAGCGACGAUGAUGACUGGUUCGUUCGUGGGCUCGAUUCUCUUCAGACCAUACAACUUGCCAACAACCUGAAAUUAGUCUUGAAAGAGCAUGUUUCUGGGAGUCACAUCGGUCCAAGGAUCAUUUACGAAAAUCCUACCGUCAAUAAGCUCGCAUCUGCACUUCAAUGUAUUCUAAGCCCCGAGUUUUCCGUUACCAACAACGCAGCCAACUCCGAAGAACUUCGUAUCGCCAACAUGAAGAACACGUUUAACAAGCUUAUCAGCGGUUUACCAAAGAAGGUGGCAAGUCAAGCACUAUCUGAUGAUGAGCCAUUGACGGUGAUAUUGACUGGUUCAACUGGGUCCCUUGGAUACUAUUUACUCGAGACUAUGUUGCGCGACCCAAAGGUCCAGAAGGUCUACUGCCUCAAUCGUUCCUCUAACGCACGAGACAAAUUCUAUUCGCGUAUCCCAGAGAUCACGGAUUCGCUCAAAUCGAAAGAUGCGAAAGUCCAGUUCUUCCAAGCCUCGUUCGGAGCGCCCAACUUUGGUCUCCUUCCCUCGCAAUGGGAUCAGCUACUUUCUGAAGCGGAUGUGAUAAUCCACAAUGCCUGGGAGGUAAACUUCAACCACUCGCUCCAGACCUUCGAAGCAGAUCACCUUCGGGGCCUUCGAACCUUCAUUGAACUGUCGCUGCUCUCACCACGCCAUCCUAGUUUGAAUUUCGUCUCGUCCAUAUCCGCAAUGGGUAAUUGGAAUUCCAUGUAUGCGGAUCAAGCUAUCCCGGAACGUAUCGCCAAUGAUCAGGAAUGGAGCGCUGCGCUACCAAUGGGCUAUGGUGAGUCGAAGUUUGUGGCAGAGCAGAUGCUACACGCAGCUACCCAGGCAGGCAUCUCUGGUAACGUGCUUCGUCUCGGACAGAUUGCAGGGCCAGUCAAGAGAGGAAGUAUUGGUGUGUGGAAUCAUCAGGAGUGGUUCCCCAGUUUGGUGAAGACUACGAAGAACUUAGGAGCCGCCCCGAAGACUCUCGGCUCCAUGAAUUUGAUUGACUGGAUCCCUGUGGAUGUACUCGCAGAUGUGAUUGUGGAGCUCGUACAUAACACCUCGUCAAGGUCAACAAACAACUUCAACGUCUUUAAUCUCGUCAACCCAAAGCGAGUGGAAUUUGAACAUUUGGUACCGACGAUCAUAGAAACCUUUUCGACAGAUAGGAAGCAGAUCGAAGCGGUAUCACCAGAAGAAUGGCUAGAGAGAUUAGGAAAGCUGGAUAGCACUAAGCAGGAAGUCUUAGAGAUCCACCCGUCUUUGAAGAUCAUGGAUUUCUACCACGGCUUGACAUCCACAGAAGGAGAGGGCCUAUACUCGACGGAUAUAACGAAGAAGACUAGCAAGUCUAUGGCCGAGCUCGGUCCAAUAUCAAGCAAGGAUAUUGGAACCUGGUUGGAACAAUGGUCGUAUUAA